UUGGUGGUUGCUGCUCUCGGCAAACUGUUGCAUACUUGUGGGCGCUGCUGGAAAUGGCGCUCUUGCUUUACACGUGGAAACAGUUGGAGCCGUACUUGAAAUGGGCCUUGGGCAAGAACACCACGGUAACGGAGAGUCCUGCGAGGGAGCCGUAUCCGGGCAUAUUCGUGGGGGACCUCAGCCAGUUGAAUCGUCUCAAGCGGAAUGCCUUUAUGUGCGUUGUGGGCGUCCUGUUUCUAAUGGCAUUCUUUGGAAAUCUGAGCACCAUCUAUGUGAACACCAGAAGGAAGCUGCGUCCAUUCUUUCGGAGCUGCCUGCUCUCGCUGGCUUUCUCCGACCUGGUCUCAAGUGUGUUCUGCAGCGUGUCCUACAUAGCGCAGUUCCAUGCGGAAUAUCUCCAGUUGUGGACCAUUGGCAGCUUUAUGUGCAGGGUUGUGCCCUUUGUGACCACCACAUCGGUGCUCUCCGGCAGCCUGAGCCUCGUGGCCAUUGCGACGGACCGCUACCUGGCCGUGAUGCGGCCAGUGCUGGGUUUCUGGAACCCAGACAUUCGCUUUAGCUGUCUUUGCGUGGCUCUCAUAUGGCUGUGCUCCAUUGGCGCCUCUGCUCCACUGUUGGGCAUUUACGGAUACCAUAAGGUCUAUCUCCUGGAGCUGGAGACCGAGAACCCGCCACAGCAGACAACCGACGACGGAGAGACAGAUGAGAAACUGGAGGUCACAGAAUUGGAGCUGGUCAGCAUGUGCCUGGCGAGCGACCACAAUGAAGGCCUCUUCUACGUCAUGUUGUUCACCCUCAUCUUCCUGCCCUGCAUCGUGAGCUUCCUCUGGCUGAACACGGUGAUAGCGCGGCAGCUCUGGGUGCGGCGCCACUACCACCAACAGCAGCAGGAGCAGCAGCAGGAGCGGCAGCCGGAUCAGGAGGGUAAAUUCAAGUCCCUGCCGGCCAGUAAUGCGGAUCUUCUGAUGCCCUCGACCCUGGCGAGUGCGAUGGGUGUGGCCCUGCCGUUUGUAAUGCACAAGCCUGCCCUGCCCUCAAUUCCUCCCAGCCCACAAGCUCCAAGGAGCACCACGAAUCAGGCGCCAGUGGGUGGCAUGGGACCAGCUGCGCAGGCUCGCGAGGCUCGCCAUCGGCGCAUGGUUGUCGUUGUGCUCCUGAUGAUGGCCGUCUUCAUUUUCCUGCGCCUGCCCGCCUGGAUCUUCUUGAUCAUGCGCCUGUACGGCUCCUACUCCGAGCCCGUCGACUGGCUGCUCUACUUCAGCUUUGGCAUCCUGAAUCUCCUCAGCUGCGCCCUGAACCCGCUCUUCUACACCUUCCUCACCCAGACCAUUCGCACUGUUUCCCUGCUGAAGCAGAAGACAAUGGACCUCCUCUGCUGCCGCCAUCCUGGUCGUGGUCAGGACGGAGCCAUGCCCACGGAACACUCGCAGCCGGCCAAGCCCUGCAGCCUGUGCUGGUGGUGCUGCUGUGGCCUCCCACAGCUGACCAUCACCUGGCGCUGUUAUCCUGCGCACGAUCCGCCACCGACCACCGAAGUACGGCAAGUGGAGCAGUCUGCCCAGCGGCAAGUCGAGAUGGAGGCAGAUCCGAGCAACCUGCAGCGCGUCUUCAGCUUCAAGCACGACGUAUUCACCGUCUACAAUCGCCGCGACGAUUCCCAGAGUGCGUCAAUCGAGUCCUCCGCCUGAUAGGCAUCGUCAUAAAUCACUCGAGUGCAUUGACACAGACAGACGGGGCGCAAACGGUUAGCAGAAAUUGAUUAAUGGAGUGCACAAUCCAGACCUCGAAAAUUAUUGUCACGGCCACUGAUAGCCACCAAACCCUGCCCAAAU